CUGUGAAUAUCUUCUUUAAAUAAUCGGAACGUCCUAUUGCUUUGUCAUUCUCUCAUAAUUCGACCCAGUGGCUCAUGUUCUCGCGUGGGUGGAAGACUGCAUCAUUUUAAAAGCUGUGUUGUUGCGAAGAUAAAAUUUUCUGGACUUCCUCGAGACCGGGUGAUACGAUGCCAAAAUCUGAUGGUCAAUUUUGGAUUGAUCUCCUUCAAGCUUCCUGUGACCUUAAACCAGCCGGACGAAGUUCAUUGGAAGAUGAUACGAUCCCGUUGGCUAGCUACCUAAAGCCAAAAUUUGACCUCUUUGAGGAGCUAACUUUUCGGCCAUUGAAAAACACCGUUGAAUUCCUGAACAUGAAGAAAUGCUACGAGAAAGUUCAGAAACGUCAGGACGGAAAAUCGACGCAAAGGCCUAUGGACUGCAAUAUACGCAUGCUCGCGAAAUUUGAUCCUACCUGGAGGGGACGAGAUAUCGAUGUUUAUGUCCAGCGGCAUCCAGAUAGCGCGAAGCUUUGCGGUGACUUCAAUGGGAGAGUUAAAUUGGAAGUCAAAGUUGGAGAGAAAAAAGGAAGUUCGGUUUUAUUUUCAGUUGAUCUGGACAGCGUGUACCAAGGAAACUUAAACAUUCCUAUUUACAAGCUUUCUACAGUUGAUCCAUUGCGAAGAAAUAGAUUUAUUUUGAUUAUUCGCUUGACGUCAACAGAUUCUCAAGAUGAAGAUCAAUAUUUCACCAGCCCUGCAUUCCUGAUCCGCAGUCGUAGAGUAUCGAAGGUGAACAACGUGGAGACGAGGCCAAAGGAAGAGAAGAAAGAGUCUUAAGAAGAAGAUGAAGAAGAGAAUGGUGGACAUGAACCAAAAAUUUAAGUUAAUGCUUUUUAUUGUAAAUAUAAUUCAGAGAUAGCUAUGUUUACUAUAUUUAAGUUAGCCUCAGUGAGGACAUUAUGUCAUAUUAUUUCCUGGCAACUUUAUCAGUUAAUUCACAUCCUUGGCAAUGGUAGUUAGUAGAGAGGGUGUAAAUAGAUAUAUUUCUUAAACCAUGGCUGUCUCUGUGUGGCCUGCGUCUCAAUACGUCUGCACCCAGGCUAUCUCUAUGACUUUGUGUUGCGAAUGCAUUCUCGUUCUCAGGUUGCACAGAAGGAACACUCGGCCUCUUCUCGUGAUCUCGUAACCUCGUGCUCAAAUGACACAUGGCGGACAAUUUGAAUUUUGCUAUACAUCAUAACGAACAGUAUUACAGUCAUCGCAGACAGUUUAGAAUGGCUUUCUCAUUUAGGAAAGAUGUUAUCUUUUUUACAACAAGGUGAGCUCAUAGAAACACCAGAACAUUGAUGUAUAUUUUCGGUAGAUUUAUACACGGUGAGAAGUUCAUUACUGUGCGUAUAAAACGAAUUAGGGAGCGGAAGAAUUGCCUUAGAAAGGAAGUUUGAAGC